AUGCCCGCGGGUGUGCCUUGGACGUCUUACCUGAAAAUGUUCGCCGCCAGCCUCCUGGCCAUGUGCGCCGGCGCCGAGGUGGUGCAUAGGUACUACCGACCAGACCUGACAAUACCUGAAAUUCCACCCAAACCUGGAGAACUCAAAACAGAGCUUUUGGGACUGAAAGAAAGACAACAGGAACCUCAAAAUUCAACCCUGCCAAGAACUCUGUGA